UCGCUCACUCUCUCGCUCACCAACGACGACCUCCGGGAGUGGCGGCGGUGCAUACGAACUUACUCCCCCCCCUAUUUUUUAUUUGUUGCGAGCGAGUGUCCCGAUCUUUCGUGUGUGUGUUUGUUUUUUAUCGACUUUGUCUCCCUGUUUCUCCCGGCCUUCCUCCUUUUGUUUCCGUGACAAGAAAGAGCGAAGAGAAGGGAGAGCAAGAGGCAAGCGCGCUAACACAGUCUCCUCCUCCUCGUCCGCUCGCUCGGGCCGCGGAGGUGUGGCGAGCGCCUGCUUCCAUUGGUGGUUUAAGGCCGGUGUAUAUAACCUUGGCUCUUAGAAUCCCUUGCAGUGGAGAGAAGUCAUCCACGCAACGCGCCGGCCGUCUCCUCCUCCUCCUCCUCCUCCCAGCACCGAGGUUGCCCGUCGACCCGAACCCCCCAUCUUCUUCCUCCUCCUCCUCCCCCACACCCCUUCCUUCACGAGUCCUCCCUCCUCCCCCCGUGCCCCCCUCCUCCUUAUUCUCCACACGCCGCUACCUCUCACUCUCACUCAUUCGCUCUCCCUCCCUCAUACCUUUCCCUCCCGCCCUCCGUCUUUCACUCGCACGGUCACUCGUCUUGCCCGUGCGUGCGCUCGUGUUCGCGGCUGAUGUGCUGACGCCGGAAAAAAGCCAUGUCGAGUUACUGAUCCUGUCGCACUGACGUCUGGGCUCCGCUGCCCCAUCCGCGCGGUGUUCGGAAGGGCGCUCCUUCAGUGUCGUCGGGGGUUUCAAAGCAGGGACCCACACCUCAAAAAAGCACCAGCCCCCGCACUCCCCCCUUUCCCCUCGCCCCCUACCCCCCUCGCGUGUGUUUACCGUGUACCAACCGAGUGUGAACGCAUCAUGAGAGCACGACCAAGGACCUAGCUUGCAACGAGAGAGCAACUCGGCAGGACCGGAGGAUCUUGCAUACGUUACACCUGAGUCCGCCAGUCCUGUUGAUAGAAUUUGCGGCCAGGACUCCACCGCCCCCGCUGCCGGACGUACGAACGUUUCGCUGUGUGGAUAGUGUCGUACAACCUCUUAUCAGUAAAGGAGCUACAUUGCCUGGUGGUCUCCCAGGCCAAGAGCAGAUAAUAGUCGACCUAAGGACUCUUAUCAAAGAACCGCCGCGAUGCCCGUCGAUCUCCGCGCCAUCUUCGGCAAUGUCCUGCACCUCUUCAAGAGCCGCGCCAACCAGAUCUGCGCCGCGUCCUGCGAUGGGCUCGUCUUAAGAAUGCACUAUCGGUGGACCUUCUGCCUGCUCAUGGGGAUGUUCCUGACCGUGUGGUACUCAUGGUAUUAUCGUGACGUCAUCAGCUGUGUCUCGCACUUCAACGCCGAAACGCAAGUCCGACUCGACUACAUCAACAUCUGCCUCUCGUACCCCUACGUGGAGGACAGCGGCUCGAGGCGCUACCUGCUCUUCUACCGGUGGAUCUCGUGGUCGCUGCUGGUGCUCGCCGGCGUCUACUACAUCCCGCGGAAGAUAUCCAAGAACCUGGACAACUCUAAGUGCAAGAAGCUCCUGGAGGACCUGGCGGCCAACUCGAGCCGCUACGAUCAGGCGGAGCGCGAGCUGGUCGACCGAGCCUCGGGCUACAUCCUGUUCAACCUCAAGACGCACAACGGCCUCUACUGGAAGUUCCUCUCCGUCAACAUCGUGGCGCUGUUCGUGGACGUGUUCGCCAUGCAGUACCUGGACUUCAUCCUGCAGGGCCGCUUCAUCCAGUACGGCUUCAACUCGUACCCGUUCAACAGGGACCCGCGCAACUUCACCGACUACAUGUCCCAGACGUUCCCGCCGUUCGCGUCGUGCGAGCUCUCCAUCGAGAACCAGCUGACCAACCGGCGCACGGAGAAGCUCGGUUGCCACCUCACCAUCAUGGAGCUCUACGAGAAGGUGUUCCUCGGCCUGUGGCUCUGGCUCAUCCUGCUCACCCUCACCACCUGCUGCUACCUGAUCUUCCUGGGCCUCAUGUGGCUGCCGAGGAUGCAGCAGUACCUCCUGCGCACGGCCAAGCCGGGCCACACCAACAACAAGAUGGGCAGCGUCAUCGAGGACGCGAUCAAGAACUGCAAGAUCGGCGACGUGUACCUGCUGUACCGCGUGAAGCAGCACCUGAGCCACGCGCGUUUCUACGAGCUCUUGGCGCGCGUGUCGAGCCCCAACCCGUACGCCAAGCCCGUGCCCGGCGCCCCCGAGCUCGAGAAGGGCAAGGGCGGCCCGCCGGACAUGGGCAAGCAGCAGCCCAUACCCGACACCCUCCGCAACCGCGCGCCCGCCAUGCCCCAGGCGCCGCCCAUGAACCAGAACUUCUACCACCAGCUGCUGGCCAACCCCAUGAUGGCCCGGCCGCCGCACCCGCAGGCCAUGCCGCCCGGCCAGCAGGCCCUGCCGCCGCAGCCGCAGCCCAACAACAAGGACGCGACCAAAAUCUUAGUCGACUAGUCACCGCGCAGGUCUUGCUAGCCCGUGGGUUGUGCCAUACCUUAGACAGAAACAAAAAGAAAAUAGAAAAUAGCACUACUUAAAAAUAGCAGAAAACUUAAAGACAAGGAAGCGCAAGGUGUCGGUAACAGCAAGAAUCCUAGUCAUUAGGUGCAGCGAUUUGUCUCCCGACGCAGCCCAAGAUUUCUCCUCUCUUGCCAACUGAGUGUGCACCUGAAUUUCUUUAUAUUGUGUGUGAUAUUUAGGUUUCAAUUGAAGUCUUUCGGAAACAGAAAGACAUUCCUGAAUGACGUGCAGGCUUGCUCGCGACGCGGCUGUCAAGACACCGGGCUUUGGAUCUGACGAAGGGAGGGGGCCAAGCCGGGACCCAGUUAUAUAGGCCUAGGAUAUUGUUUUUCAAUUCCGUUUUUAGGUUUUAAAACAAUUUUGAGACUUUUUUAUUAAUCCUAUUUAAAAGAAAAAGAAACUUAACGAUGUAUCCAGUUUUAAAGUCUCUCGUUUUAUUAAAUUUUAUUCAUACUUUGUGAACCUACAGUAUAUGUACGCAUUUGAAGCCAGGUUUGGGAGAAGCUUUAUAUAUAUAUAUAUAUAUAUAUAUAUAUAUAUAUAUAUAUAUAUAUAUAUAUAUAUAUAUAUAUAUAUAUAUAUAUAUAUAUAUAUAUAUAUAACGUUCCUUAACACUAAGGUCGCAUUUUCUAUUUUUAUUCUUUUAUAAUUAUUGUUAUCAUUAUCGUUAUUAUUAUUCAGUUAUUGUUAUUAUUAUUAUUAUUAUUAUUAUUAUUAUUGUCAUUGUCAUUUUUUUAUUAUUAUUAUCAUUUUAUCAUCAUCAUUUGUAGACGAAUUUGGUUUUAUUCUGAUCAAGUUCAUGACAUUUAUGACACUGUGCAAACAUGGUGUGCUGGACACUCAUGGCAUUUAAGAAAAAAAACAACAAAAACAAGAAAAAAAAGUUCCUGUAAUUACCCCUUCCCCCCUUCACCCCCCCUUCUACCCCCUCCUAUCUGGGGUCAAGUUUUUGGGCAUUACUGAUGAUAAUAGUAAUAUCAAAAAUGGCUAUUCGUAUUUUUCAUAUUUGCGAUGAUUUAUCCACAAAGGAAUAUAUUACCAAAUUGUAUAUAGUGAUGUCACUGAUUAAAAAACAAGGGAAAUAAAAAAUUUGGGAAUAUAAAGUCAAGAAAAAAAGACGAACCAUUUUUUUCUUCUAAAAUUGACCCCCACUUUUGCUUUUUUUGUAUUACUGCAUACUAAUGGCAUUUAUUAAAAAAAAGAGACAUUCCCCUUUCCUUAUUAUCAAAAAAAAAAAUCAUUAUUUUCCUAUCCGCCCAGAGCUUGCAUUUUUUUAUACAAUUUUUUUCAUCUUUUUUUAUAUAUAUAUAUUUUUUUUUGGUUUGGUUAACGCCGCCUAAAAUAUAAGAAGCUUUGUUGACGUUAUUAUUUUUCUUUAAAAUUGCGCCCUGCUCCCUCCCCCCCCCUCUCCUCCUUGCAAGCUACCCCCCUUGCUCCCCUCACCCCUACCCCCCCUCUCUUUCCACCCCCCCACCCCCCGACCUUAGCAUCUCGUGGUGCAGUCAACCUCACUUUGCUGUUUCUAGGGUUAGCAUUCCAAUAAUUAUGUGAUAUUUUAGGUAUAAGUGUGUUUUUUUAUUAUUAAUUUGUUUGUUUGUAAUACUUUUUAUGUGUUACCUACUUUGAGUAUAAUGAAACUUGUUGAAAAGUA